AGCACCAUCCUCAUCAUUGCCCGUGAUGACGCCGGUGUCACUGCUGCCAGUCUUGGUCUCCUGGCCUACGGUAUCCCCUACGAGUCACUUAUUGUGCCUUCUGCCGGCAUUGAGCUCCCUACUCUGAACGACACCAAGACUCACGGCAAUUAUGGAGGCAUCAUUGUUAUGGACGCUGUCUCUUACUCUUACGAUUCGGGCUGGGCCAGUGCCAUCACUGCUGCUCAGUGGACUACCCUCCAUGCCUACCAGACUGAUUUCAGCGUCCGAAUGGUUCGCAUCAACGAGUGGCCCGGUGUUGACUUUGGUGUUACCACCGUUUCUACCAGCUGCUGUGACUCUGGUGUUGAGCAGAGCGUCUACUUCUCUGACGUUUCCGACUUCCCCACUGCCAACAUCAAGGCUAACGCUGAGAUGGCCACUGACGGUCUGUACCAUGUUCCCGCUACUAUUACUGAUACUGCCACCACCAAGGCCGUAGCUAUGUUCGGCAUUGCUACUGGCUUCACUUCCGAGAGUGUUGCAGCUGUUAUCAACAACUUCAGCGGUCGUGAACAAUUUGUCUGGUUUAUGAGCUGGGCCCCUGAUUGGUCUGAGACCUCUUCUUUCCUCCAGCACGCCCAUAUCCACUGGAUGACUCGCGGUGUCUUCCUUGGCAAGCGUAAGGUUCAUCUGAGCUGUCAGAUCGACGAUCUCCAGCUUUCCACCGAGCUCUACCUCCCUGCUGGCACCGAUUUCAAGCUUGAGAUUGCCGACCUUGAGGCCCACGUCGCCUGGCAAACCAGCCUCAACAGCCGCCUACCCUCCGGCUCUGCAUUCUGGCUCGAGUUUGGACACAAUGGUAACGGUGACUUUAUUUCUGCCGCCGAGGUGCCCAACUCUGAUGAUGUCUGCAUCCCUGCUGAGGCCAUCGACUACGACGAGGUUCCCGAUACCGAGCUGGAGUUCAUGAAGGCCCUUGGUACCGGCGAGGACCGCUGGCCCACUGGGUACGAGACCUACAACUGGACCAAGACUUGUGCCGAGUUGGAUGACUUUGCUGCUUGGUUUAUGGUCGAGGAGAACCGCAACGCCUUUGCUCACGUUUCUCACACCUUCACUCACCUCGAGUUGAACAACGCGACUUACCACGAUGCUGCCCGUGAGAUCGAGUUCAACCAGGCUUGGUUGGCCCAAACUGGCAUCGAUCAGGCCACCCACUUCUCCCCUCAUGGUAUUAUCCCGCCUGCUAUUACUGGUCUUCACAACGGAGAUGUCAUUCGGGCUUGGAUGGACAACGGUAUCAACCACGUCGUCGGUGACAACACCCGAUCUGUCCUCCGAAACACCGGACAUACCUACUGGCCUCUGACCUCAACUGUGGCCUCCAACGGUUAUGACGGACUGACUAUUGUGCCUCGAUUUUCUCUUGCGAUCUACUAUAACUGUGCAACUGCCGAAUGUUGUGCUGCUGAGUGGGCUGCUAUCUCGAGCGGCAGCGGUGUCUUCGAUGACCUUAUGGCUAUUUCCAAGUCCACCAAUGUGCGCAACCUGCUCGCAUUGAUGGCUGACCCCUACAUGUUCCAUCAGGCCAACAUGCACCAGACUACUGUUGAGACUAGGUCCGUUGGUGACUACAGUGCUCAGAUGUCUCUGGUUAUGUACUGGACUGAGACGAUGGCCCAAGAGAUCGCUCGCCUGACCAACUGGCCUGUCAUGUCUCUCAAGCAUGACGACAUUGCUCAGUACUUCCUUGACCGCCAGACUGUCGAUGGAUGCAACCCUAAGCUCUCUUACACCUUCUCAGACGACGGUCUGUCCAUCAAGUCCAUCACCGUCACUGCUGAUGGUAACACUUGCUCCGCCAAGAUUCCCGUCACCAUUCCCUCCGGCUCCUCCACAGCGUCCGGAGGUUCCGUUACCUCUGAUGUGGUCGGCUCUGAGCCUCCUAUCCAGUGGGUGACGCUGAACGGCUCACCUGUUACCCUUACGCUUAGCUCCCCUGUUGCACUAUAA